CACACAUGGUAUCCCCGUGCAGUGGCGCGCCUUCCAGCGAAAGAGAAGUGUGUCGUACGAAUUUUGUGUCAUUGCAAGUUAAAGUUUACAUGUUUUUCUCGAAUUGGAGUUCUUAAUCCCAUUAAUUAUCAUAUGAGGACUUUAUUGUGAUUAUGUGUUAUCAUCUUAUGUGUGCUCGAGGCGUGUGAUAAGGGUGUUGCAUGGUAGGAGUAAGGAGAGUGGGUCAAGAUGGGUGACAGCUUCCUGCACCUGGGCGACAUCGUGUCCCUAUUUGCGGAGGGUUCUGUAGCGGGAUUCUUGAGUACGUUAGGGUUGGUAGAUGACAGGUGCGUUGUUUGCCCUGAGGCAGGUGACCUGACUGAUCCGCCCAAAAAGUUCCGAGAUUGUCUGUUCAAGAUAUGUCCUAUGAACCGCUACUCCGCUCAGAAGCAGUUCUGGAAUACCGCUAAGCAGUCCGCUAAUGCCAACGCUGAUACGGACACCGGGCUACUUAAAAGGCUGCAUCAUGCUGCCGAAAUAGAGAAAAAGCAAAAUGAGAUGGAGAAUAAGAAACUACUCGGAACAGUGGUACAAUAUGGCAGUGUCAUACAGCUACUGCACGUUAAGUCUAACAAGUACUUGACUGUGAACAAAAGACUGCCCGCGCUGCUAGAAAAGAACGCAAUGCGGGUACAUUUAGACGCUAAUGGAAAUGAAGGCUCGUGGUUCUACGUAAUACCUUUCUACAAACUCCGGUCGACUGGGGAUAAUGUGGUGGUUGGCGAUAAGGUUAUCUUGAAUCCAGUUAAUGCUGGACAACAAGUCCUACAUGUUUCUUCUAACCACGAACUACCGGAUAAUGCUGGAUGUAUGGAGGUGAACGUGGUAAACUCCUCGACAUCCUGGAAGGUGACCCUUUUCCUAGAACACAAGGAAAAUCAGGAGGAGAUGCUGAAGGGUGGUGACGUGGUGAGGUUGUUCCACGCGGAGCAAGAGAAGUUCCUCACCAUGGACGAGUACAAGCGGAGGCAACACGUCUUUCUGAGGACCACGGGAAGGUCGAGUGCUACGGCUGCCACCAGCAGCAAAGCCCUGUGGGAGAUUGAGGUGGUACAGCAUGACCCAUGCCGAGGCGGCGCGGGUCAUUGGAACUCGAUAUUUCGUUUCAAACAUCUCGCCACUGGGCACUACUUAGCUGCUGAAGCUUGUAUCAAACAAUCAGAGAAUCUAAUGGAAAAUGAGGGUUUGGAUUCGGAGCCAGCUUACCAGCUCGUGUCGGUGCCCCAUUCCUCAGAGAUCGCGACGCUGUUCGAGCUGGACCCGACCACCAUGACGCACUCCGACGCGCCAGUGCCGCAGAGCAGCUACGUCAGGUUACAACAUUUAUGCACGCACACCUGGGUUCACUCAACAUCAAUACCUAUCGACAAGGAAGAGGAGAAGCCGGUUAUGUCUAAGGUCGGAUGUUCAGUAAUAAAAGAGGACAAAGAGGCAUUUGCCUUGAUAUCCGUGUCUCCUAGUGAGGUCCGAGAUUUAGAUUUCGCUAAUGACGCUUGUAAGGUUCUCUCGGCACUGUCGACUAAACUGCACCACGGGAACAUCGAACACAAUGAAAUGAAGGCCUUAACCUGCCUCCUCCAAGAUAUAGUAUAUUUUAUAGCAGGCUUUGAAAACGAACCCAAUAAGUGCAAAGCGCUCGACCUUGUGGUCGAAAAUCCUAACCGUGACAGACAAAAAUUGCUCCGAGAACAGUAUAUAUUGAAACAGCUUUUUAAGAUAUUACAGGGUCCUUUCCAGGAAUCCCCUGAAGGAGAGCCAUUUCUUAAAAUAGAAGAACUGUACGACCCACGUUAUGCCCCUUACAAAUUUAUCUUCCGCCUGUGCUACCGAAUACUCCGGCUAAGUCAACAGGACUAUCGCAAGAAUCAGGAAUAUAUUGCAAAACAUUUUGGCUUCAUGCAAAAACAAAUCGGAUACGACAUACUAGCAGAGGACACUAUCACGGCUCUUUUGCACAACAACAGGAAACUUCUAGAGAAACACAUCACCGCCUCCGAAAUCGAGACUUUUGUCGGCCUUGUCCGCAAGAACAUGAAGACCUGGCAGUCCCGUUUCCUCGAUUACCUAAGUGACUUGUGUAUCUCUAACAAGAAAGCUAUUGCGGUGACUCAGGAGCUAAUAUGCAAAAGUGUUCUCUGCGCCAACAAUGCUGACAUACUUAUUGAGACGAGACUAGUAUCAACAAAAUAUGAAAACAUAUCGGAAACAGACAAUAAGGGUAAUAAAUACACGGUAGAAGACGAUGUCAUGUUGCUCUGGAACAACAAAAAGAACUCUCGUCUGCUGUCGUCUCUGGCGUCGGAGGCGGAGGCCGACCCCCGUAGCGAGGCGGCCGCCAUCCUCGACUACUACCGGCACCAGCUGGACCUGUUCUCCAACAUGUGCCUCAACCGCCAGUACCUGGCGCUCAACAGCCUGUCUCAACAGCUGAGGAUCGACCUCAUCCUCAAGUGCAUGUCGAACAGCGCGCUGUCGCACGACGUGCGCGCGUCGUUCUGCCGGCUCAUGCUGCACCUGCACGUGGACCGCGACCCGCAGGAGCCCGUCACGCCCGUCAAGUACGCGCGCCUGUGGGCCGAGGUCGCGGGCACCAUCCACGUGCACGAUUAUCAAUGCGUAAAGGGCGGACCUGAUGCUACCAGGGAAAAAGUAAAGGAACAGUUCGCGUCUACCAUCCGCUUCGUGGAGAACUACUUAUGUAACGUGGUCACCAGGACGUGGUACUUCAGCGACCACGAUCAGAACAAACUCACCUUCGAAGUGGUCAAGCUAGCCAGAGAAUUGAUUUAUUUUGGAUUCUACAGCUUCAGCGACCUUUUGAGGCUGACAAAGACGCUACUCAGUAUAUUAGACUGCGUGACAGCGAUUGAUCUUCUGAAUGAGACCAGCGCGCUCACAGGCGAGGUUGAAUCAGCUCAGGAAGGUGAGAUGAAAAAACCGGAAGGCGGCGUGCUCCGCAGCAUAGGAGACAUGGGCGCCGUGAUGACGUCAAUCACACUCGGAUCUGUUGCACGUAAUGCUGUUUUUUGUAUUCGUGUCGAUAACUAUACGAUACGUGGUUCGCAGGCAAGCGGCGCGGUUCGCUCUCCAUCCGCUCUAGCUUUGGCCCGCAAACACCCGCUCGUCAUGGAGACCAAGCUCAAGAUCAUCGAGAUUCUGCAGUUCAUCCUAGACGUGCGACUGGAUUACCGUAUCAGCUGUCUCCUAUCUAUAUUCAAAAAAGAAUUUGAACAGUCUGACAAAGCGGACAACAUCGGCAGAGCAGAUGUGGAAGCCAUAGGACUUCAAGCUGAGGGCAUAUUCAGCUGUCGAGCAAUACAGACUGUGCCUGACAACUGUCUUCCAAAAAAUGUAGAUUUGGAUGGCUUAGACCUAGACGAAUGCGGUGGACGCAUGGUCCUCCGUGUGUUGCUACAGUUGUGUUCCCAGGGCGCGUCCGCGUCUCUUGUGUCUGGAGCAUUAGCGUUAUUGUUCAGACAUUUCAGUCAAAGGCAAGAAGUUUUAGCCGCUUUCAAACAAGUUCAACUUCUCGUAUCAGACGCAGACGUAGAAUCUUAUAAACAAAUCAAAGCUGAUUUGGACGUUUUGCGGCAAAGUGUGGAAAAGUCUGAACUUUGGGUCUUCAACAAAGGUCGCGCCGGAACAUUAGACGAUCACAGCGACAUAAAAGGUACAAUUGGACCAGGAGGAGCAGUUUUAGAAAGAAAUGCGUCUCUAGAUAACGUAUUGGAGACCUCAAGAUCUGCCAAACAUGAUCAUCAUAUGGACGAAUAUAACAAGAUUAAAGAGAUCCUCCAGCGCAUGAUAAAGUACUGUACGCAGGGCAACAACAGCUCGGGCGAGGCGGGCGAGGCGACUCGUCCGCGACGACACGAGCAGCGCCUGCUGCGGAACAUUGGUGUCCAUAACAUCGUGUUGGAUCUGCUGCAGGUCCCCCACGACGAGGACGACGCAGCUAUGGAUGAAUUACUGGCUUUGGCACAUGAAUUUUUGCAACAUUUCUGUCACGGCAAUCAACAGAAUCAGGCUAUUCUACACAAGCAUCUGGAUCUCUUCCUUAAUGCUGGGAUCCGCGAGGCGCAGACGGUGUGCGCCAUCUUCUCCGAGAACGCGGCGCUGUGCGCGCACGAGGGCAACGAGAAGGUGGCGGCGCACUUCGUGCACUGCGUGGAGGCGCGCGGCCGCCGCCCCGCCUACCUGCGCUUCCUGCGGACCAUCGUGCGCGCCGGGGGCCAGCACAUCCGCCGCAGCCAGGACCUCGUCAUGCAGGAGAUGGUGAACGCAGGCGAAGACGUGCUGGUGUUUUACAACGACAAGGUGUCGUUCAACUACUUCCUGCAAAUGAUGCGUCAGUACAAACGCACUGGCGAGAUGCCAGAGGCUCUAACGUACCACAUAGACCUGGUGAAGCUGCUGACUUGCUGUACGUUGGGAAAGAAUGUGUACACCGAGAUCAAGUGUCACAGUCUCCUGCCGCUAGAUGACAUCGUGGCCAUGAUCACCCAUCCAGAUUGUAUUCCUGAGGUGAAGGAAGCGUACGUGGGUUUCCUGAACCACUGUUACAUCGACACGGAGGUGGAGAUGAAGGAGAUCUACUCGAGCAACUACAUGUGGGAUUUGUUCGAGAGGUCCUUCCUGCAGGACAUGCUCGCGAUAUUGCAGCCGGAGCUACAGAUGUCCGAACCUGGCUCGUCGUCCGCCACGGCCGCGCGGCCCGGCAGCGGCAAGCAGGCGUGGGUGAACUACGUGACGGACGUGCUCAUGCACACCAUCUGCACCUUCUUCAACUCGCCCUUCAGCGACCAGAGCACCACCGUGCAGGUAGCCUUAGCGCACCAUUUGACACGGCAGUCGAUUUUCGUGAAGCUUCUCCAGACAACGUUCCGGAUCUACCAGUGUCCGUGGCUCACGCCGCCGCAGAAGCUCAACGUCGAGAAGUGCAUCCGUACUCUCAGCGAAGUCGCUAAAAGUCGUAGUAUAGCGAUACCCCUAGAGCUGGAAGCGAAGAUUCAGACGGUCUUCGAGAAGGCAGCGGCGCUUUCCCGGCAGACCAGCAAGUGGCUGCUCGCAUCGAAGACUUCCAAACUGGAAAAAAUGGCCUCGCAGAGCAACCUACAAAAUGACAGAUCAGUGAUGGAAGGUCUGCAAGAGAUAGUGGCAUUACUCGAAGAACAGUUGCGACCGCUAUUACAAGCGGAACAGUCUCUACUCGUUGAUAUCCUGUACAAGCCACACCGCUUGUUCACCAGCCCCGGGGAACUGACUCACCCGGAUACUAGCGGAAUUUUUAUAUCAAGGUUAAUACGACACACAGAAAAACUCCUUGAAGAAAAGGAAGAGAAGUUGUGCGUGAAGGUGCUCAGGACUCUGCGGGAAAUGAUGGCCGUCGACCCUGAAUAUGGGGAAAAGGGCAACCAGUUGCGCAACAAGUUGCUGUCGCAGUACUUCGUCAACCGCAAGUCCGAGCCGAAGAUACAACCGCCAAGCGUCGCCGUCACUCAUGGACCUGGGGGUAAGCACACGCACGCACACAACAAACCAGCGAAGGUGUUACUGCGCACUGGGCAGACGCUGGCGCAGGUUCAAGCUCAUUUGGACCGCGAAGGCGCGUCCGACCUUGUGGUGGAGCUGGUUAUUAAGAGCACCAAUAGACCUGCUAUCUUCCUAGAGGCUAUCCAACUUGGUAUUGCACUUCUCGAAGGAGGCAAUCCAAUUAUACAACAAAGCAUCUUCACCAAACUACAGAACGGUGAAAUAUCACAAGCGUUUUUAAAGGUAUUCUAUGACAAAAUGCGUGAGGCCCAGCAAGAAAUACGCUCGCUAGCGGUGAGCAGUACUACCACUACGACAACCGACAAGCGGUCCACUUCCACAGACAAACAGAAACCUAACAAUACCGAUGCCAAGCCGGCAGUGGGGCCCAUGGUGGUAGGCGAGGACAUGGACGAAGAGGUGACGAGCGCCUGCGGGUCCGCCGUACACGCCUACUCCGACAUACACACCAUGUCGCAUGGCACAACAGUAUUAGAAGAAAUAAUGGCUGAAAAGAAGCGAGAAUCUGGCAACUCGGAUGUACUUCCCGCUAAAGUAGCUGUCAUGCGACCUAUUUUACGUUUCUUGCAACUGCUUUGCGAAAAUCACAAUCCGGACCUUCAGAAUCUUCUACGUAAUCAAAACAACAAGGCGAACUAUAACCUGGUAUCCGAAACUUUGAUGUUCCUGGACUGCAUCUGCGGUUCAACUACUGGUGGUCUCGGUUUGCUGGGCCUCUACAUAAACGAAGGAAAUGUGGCACUCAUCAACCAGACCUUGGAGACCCUCACUGAGUACUGCCAAGGUCCAUGCCACGAAAAUCAAAACUGUAUAGCGACACACGAGAGCAACGGUCUUGAUAUUAUAACAGCGCUGAUUUUGAACGACAUAAACCCUCUCGGAAAGACGCGUAUGGACCUCGUCCUUGAACUGAAGAACAACGCCUCAAAGCUGCUGCUCGCUAUCAUGGAAUCCCGGAACGACUCCGAGAAUAAUGCCGAAAGGAUCCUGUACAACAUGAAUCCUAAACAGCUGGUAGAUGUUGCUUGCUCUGCCUUUCACCAAGAGAAUUCUGUGGAUCCUGACUCCGAUACUGAAGACGACGCACCCGCACAGGGCGUUUCUCCUAAGGAAGUGGGCCACAACAUCUACAUCCUGUGCCACCAGCUGGCGGCGCACAACAAGGAGCUGGCGGCGCUGGUGCGCGCCUGCCCCGCCGGCCGCGCCGCACCCGCGCUGCAGUACUACCGCACGCACACCGCGCAGAUCGAGAUAGUGCGCACGGACCGCAGUAUGGAGCAGAUCGUUUUUCCGAUCCCCGAGAUCUGCGAGUAUCUGCCGGUGGACAGCAAACACAGAGUAUUGCAAAGCGCUGAGCGUGACGACCAGGGUAGCAAGGUGGCGGACUUCUUUUCUCGACUGGACAACCUUUUCCACGAAAUGAAAUGGCAAAAAAAGCUUCGAGGACAACCGUUCCUGUUCUGGGUUUCGUCCUACAUGUCUCUAUGGAGCAACAUAUUGUUCAACUUUGCAGUUUUAAUCAACGUCAUCGUUGCUUUCUAUUAUCCAUUUCAAGAUGAAACUCCCAAGCUGGGCCCGCACCUGUCGCUGGUGGUGUGGUGCGCGUCGGGCGCGGCGGGCGCGCUGGUGGCGUGGCUGCCGCGCGGCUCGGGCGCGCGCGCGCUGCUGGCCAGCGCCAUCGUGCGCCUCAUCUACUCCGCCGGGCCCGAGCCCACCAUGUGGAUGCUGGGCAUGCUCACCAUUGUUGUAAAGGGGAUACAUUUGGUGAGCAUAAUGGGUAACCAGGGCACGUUAUCCAAGUCGACGCGGAACGUGAUCACAGACCCCGAGCUGCUGUACCACGGUGUCUACCUCAUUUUCUGCUUCCUGGGAAUAUGUUGCCACCCCUUCUUUUUUUCAGUGCUGCUCCUCGACGUAGUCUAUCGCGAAGAGACACUGCUGAACGUGAUGCGAUCGGUAACUCGCAACGGACGGUCCAUCUUAUUGACGGCCGUACUGGCGCUGGUUCUGGUCUACAUGUUCUCUAUAGUCGGUUACAUGUUCUUCCGAGACCACUUCCUCGUCACUGUGGAUAAGCUGGACGACGACGACGACCCACGCUUCGAGCAGUUCGACCACUGCCCCGCCGACAGCACGGACAGCGCCUGUACACACAAGUACGGCCGCCCCUCGCGCCUCGUGUCGGUGGGGGGGGAGCUCCGGGAGCGCAGCUGCGACUCGCUCAUCAUGUGCAUCGUCACCACGCUCAACCAGGGCCUGCGGAACGGGGGCGGCAUCGGGGAUAUCCUGCGGGCCCCAGCUAGUUUCGAGCCUCUGUUUGUUGCACGAGUGGUUUACGAUCUAUUGUUCUUCUUCGUGGUGAUCAUCAUAGUCCUGAAUCUAAUAUUCGGUGUGAUCAUCGACACCUUCGCCGAUCUUCGUAGCGAGAAGCAGCAAAAAGAACUUAUAUUGAAGAACACGUGUUUUAUAUGCGGGUUGAACCGGUCAGCUUUCGACAACAAGACGGUCUCAUUCGAGGAGCAUAUCAAGAGCGAACACAACAUGUGGCACUACCUUUACUUCAUGGUGCUGGUGCGGGUCAAGGACCCCACCGAGUUCACCGGCCCAGAGAGCUACGUGCACUCCAUGAUCAAGAGUAACAAUCUCGACUGGUUCCCUCGGUUACGCGCCCUGUCGCUCGUGGGCGGCGGGGAGGGCGAGGGCGGGGAGCUGGAGCUACGCAACCUGCAGGCGCAGCUGGAGCGAGCCCAGGGCGCCGUCAGGGCGCUCACCGACCUGCUCACCGACCUGCGCGACCAGAUGACGGAACAACGUAAACAAAAACAACGCAUCGGCCUGUUGAACUCCACCUCGGCGUAUCUCCAGAAUUUGCAAAUGAACCUCCCUCCGUGAACGAUGUCCGUUCACAAAGACGCACCGGAUAUUGAUACUUAUUAGUUUCGAAAUUUAACAUAACCAACAUCAUAAUAUUAUUUCAGACCCAAAAAUGUGAU